AUGUUCAUCUCCGCUGGUAUCAAGGCAGCCCUGCUGCUCGCCGCCUCCAUUCCUGCCCAGGCAUGGAACAGACUCGACAAGGACAAGGCUGCCCUCCUGGUCAUCGACCACCAAGUCGGUCUCGCCCAAGUCGUCCGCGACUACGGCACCAACGACUUCCGCAACAACAUGCUGGGCCAUGCCUCGAUUGGCAAGGUCUUCAACCUGCCCACUGUGUUGACCUCGUCCUCCGACCAAGGCCCCAACGGCCUGCUGCUCAAGGAGAUCACAGACAUGCACCCCAAUGCCACCUUCGUCCGUCGCCAGGGCGAGGUUAACGCCUGGGACAACGCCGACUUCCGUGCUGCUGUUAAGGCCACUGGAAAGAAGCAGCUUAUUAUUGGUGGUAUUGUUACUGAAGUUUGCACCUCCUUCCUAGCCCUCUCCCUCAUCGACGCUGGCUACGAAGUCUUCGCCAACACCGAUGCCAGUGGCACAUUCGAUAUCCGCCUUGCGGAGGAUGCGAACCGCCGUAUGGAGAAGGCUGGUGUUACUCUCAUGGGAUUGUUCGGUAUUGUCUGUGAUCUGAUGCGUGACUGGCGCCACACCCCUGGUCUGCCUGAGCUUCUUCCCUUCCUUGACAAGUACCAAUUCGCCUACGGUCUUGUUGCUCGUCACCAUGCUGGUUCUAUUCAGAAUGGUACCAUUGCUCCCGUUGAGUUGACUUUGAUCUAA